CCCGAGGAGAAGCGAAUGGCGCCGGUUCCCUGAGGCUGGGUUUCAGGGGACAGCCCCGGCCCUCCGGCGGCGGCGCGGCCGACAUGGCCUGUCGUCACAACGUCAUGCUGCUGCUGGAUACCGCGGGCGGCACCGCCGGCCACAGCCUGGCCCGGAGGGCCGCCCUGCGCCUCCUCAUCUACCUCAGCUGCCGAUUCGGCCUGGCCAGGGUCCGCUGGGCCUUCCGCUUCUUUGACUCCCUGGGGGCGCGGAGCCGGCCCUCCCGCGUGUCUGACUUCCGCGAGCUGGGGGCCCGCUCCUGGGAGGACUUCGAGGAGGAGCUGGAGGCCCGGCUCGGGGAGGGCGCCCCCGGCGCCCACCUGCCCGGCCCGGCGCCCAGGGCCACCCACACGCACGGCGCCCUGAUGGAGACGCUGCUGGACUACCAGUGGGACCGGCCCGAGAUCACGUCGCCCGCCAAGCCGGUGCUGCGCAGCAGCGGCAGGCGGCUGCUGGACGUGGAGAGCGACGCCAGGGAGGCCGAGGCGGCGCUCGGGGGCUUCGGGAACGCCGUCUUCCUGCUGGCGCCCUGCCCGCACUCGCGGAGGGAGCUGCUGCAGUUCGUGUCCGGCUGCGAGGCCCGGGCGCAGGGCCCGCUGCCCACCGCCAGGCAGCUGAUGGAGAAGCUGCUGCCCAAGAGGGUCCAGGAGGGCAUGCUCGCCCGGAAGAUCACCUUGUACUGGGUGGACACCGCCGGGAGGUCGCAGUUGCGGGAGUCCCCAGACCACCUUGGGUACUGGGCCGUAUGUGAACUGCUCCAGCAGGUAGGAGGCGCCAUCUUGCCCUCGGAAACGUGGAGCCAGGACAGGACCAGAGCUGGGGAGACUCCCCUGGGUGGCGACACGCAGCUGUCGAGUGAACCUGGCCUCUUGUGGACUUCAACCCUGCCGACCGACUCCACUCUGAACUGUUCGCUCUACAGCCCUCCUGAGUAUGAAGCCUCAUUUCCACGCACGGAAGGAACGUUAUUUCUCCCUGUUGAAGGCAAAGAGGUUCCAGAGGCCUGGGCAGUCGUCCUGGAGCCCUUGGCCAUGCAUCAGAGACACUUUCAGAAACCGGUCCGCAUUUUCCUAAAAGGCACGGCUGCCCAGUGGUCCCCGCCGACGAGCGGCACCGUGGGCAGUGACAGCUGGAUGCUGCGGAGUCCAGGGGAGUGUCCAUCAACCCAAAGGGCAUUAUUUCAGCAGCUGGUGGACAGACUGACCGCCGAAGAGUUACAUCUGGUUGCCUCCGUGGACCCUGGGGACGGCUGGCCGCCCAUCACCGGAGUUAUGUCCCUGCUGUCUGCCAGCGCUACAGUCCUCACUGUGUUCCGCGUUGAGGAGGCCGCAUUUCACAGACAUGUGCUCCAGGCAGUGGCGGCAGAGAGCCCUCAGGAUGCAGCGCCCCUCUUCCCCGGUGUUGUGGAUGUUGUGUUGAGCCAGACUCACACCCUGCUGGAAGGCCCCGCUGCCCCUGCGCCUCCCGGUCCAGAGUGGGUCCAGCAGGAGCUCGGCCGCACCGCGCCCUGGACCCCGGCGGUCACCGAGAGCUGGUUUCCCUGCUCCAACCUGAGUGGCGCCAGUUCCAGCCUGAUGGAGUCGUUUUGCUUACUGCAGGCCGCGCCUUCCAGCACGGAGGAGCCCUCCCAGACGGAGAGUGAGCUCACGCGGCGCCUGUCCGAGCUCUACCUGCGGAAGGCUCGCGAGGAGUCCGCGGCGCCUGGCCGGGAGGACCGCAGGAGGAAACGGGGCGUCCCUUGCACCCCGGUGAGGCAGAAGAUGAACACCAUGUGCCGCUCCCUCAAGAUGCUGAAUGUGGCGAGGCUGAAUGUCAAGGCUCAGAAGCUGCACCCGGAUGCCAGUCCAGAAGCCGCUGGGGAGAGGGGGGUCCAGAAGACAGCUGGCGGGAGAGCGGCCGCUAAACUGGAGAGCAGAGGGAGAAGGCGGAGCUCCAGACCAAGAGAUUUUAAAACCGAAGAGGAGCUACAGUCUUACCUGCAUGAGAAUUACCAGAAGACUGUGGCCGCAGGAGGAGCCGAGUUGCAUUCAUGUGCUGAGAACAUGAUCUCGACCGUGAAAGCUUUCCUGAAGUCCAGAGGCAGCCGGGACGCAGAGACGGACUGCCUGGACCAGGUGGAAAGGACCCUCUUGAAAACCAGCAGAAGUCUUAGGCAGAACAUAGGCAAGAACCUGGGGAAAGAAGACAGAGUCCGAGAGUGCCAGCUGCAGGUGUUCCUGCGUCUGGAGCUGUGUCGACAGUGCCCGUCGGUGCCCGACAGUGUGGGCGCCGUGGAGCGGGCGGUGGAGGAGGUGACAGAUUUGCUGCGCACGGUGUGUUUAACCGAGGAUUCGGCGUACCUGGCCAAGUUUCUGGAAGAAAUUCUGAGCUUGUACACGGACUCCAUCCCCGAGACACUCGGGAAACUCUACGACAGCCUGGGCUUCGUCAUCCCUCAGAAGCUGGCCGACGUCCUCCCGACAGACUUUUUCAGCGACGACUCCGUGACGCAGGACAGCCAGUCGCCGCGUCUUUCUGCGCCUCUUCCUUCGAGUGCUCCCAGGUCAGCGUCAGGCGGCGCCGAGUCCCACCAACUGGAGGAGCUUCGCACGCGGUCGGCGAAGAAGAGGAGUUCCAGUCCAGCCUGUAACCUCUACAAAGGGGAUGUUGACGGCUUCUCUCUGUUUAAAAGGAAAAACGCGUGGCGAAGACAUAAAAGCGUGGCGGAGGUCUCACAGAGUCGUCGUCAGAUUGAAAUUCCCAGAGUGUCCAAGAGAGCCGCCAAAAACGAGAACUCGCGCCCCGGCCUGCAGCAGCCGCCACUCCUUCCGAAGGACACGGUGCAAGAAGUGACCAAAGUUCGAAGAAAUCUCUUCAACCAGGAGUUUUCCCCGUCCAAGAGACCGGCCAAGCGCGGGCUGCCUCGCAGCCACUCCGUGUCCGCCGCGGAAGGCCUGGCGCGGGAGCUCGACGGCGCCGAGAGGACCACGGGUCACCGCAGGCUGCUGACGAGGACCGUGGCCGAGACUCCGGAGCACAAGCAGGUGUCCAGGAGGCUGCUGCACAGACAGGUCAAGGGCAGGUCCUCGGAUCCUGGGCCUGAUGUCGAUGUCGUUGAGGAGUCCCCGGAAAGAGAAAUCAGUCUGAGAAGAAGCCCUCGGAUCAAGCAGCUGUCACUCGGCAGGACAAGCUCUGGUCCCAUCUACCCCGUGUCUCCGCCGAAGGCUCGGAGUGUGCAAAGAGCUCCCUCGCUGCUGCGGGACAAGCCAGACCAAAGACAACAUUCUACCAUCCCAAGUGUUCAGUCUCCAAAGAAGCUUCUUUUCGGGGCAGUGUCCCAGAGGUUCAGCCCCUCCGAGAAGGGCGUGGCUCGGACCCAGAGGCCUCCAGGAAAGAUGCCGGCUGCUGAGCUGCCCGCAGACUCUCAGACCCCCAGGAAGAGUGCCCGGAAGUCUCCGAGCUCUCCUGCAGCUGCAGCCAGAAGGCUUCCUGGGACCCCGCAGACCCCGCUGCGCAGCCCUGAGGGGCGGCUGAAGCCCCCUGCGGCCUGGACCCCUGCCCGACAGGCGCUCUUCCGGUCCUUUCAGGAUUCCUCCACACACGGCUGCCAUCUACCUUCUCCACCUAAACUCCCCAUGCGGAAAGGGCGCCCCCUGCUGGAACGAGGUGCCUCUCCACUCGGAAAGAUACCCAGAACUCCUGGAAGGCCACACAUCCAGCCCCUUGGGUUUUUGCAGGAUCCUGCCUGGUCACCUGCCGUGAACUCCAGUCCGGAAAGCCCCUCUGCGCUGGCCACCACCGAGGUGCUGUCCACUGGCCAGUGCAGGUCCGGGAGUCCGACUUUCGGCAGGGGCUCUGUCCAGUUGCCUCCUGGAGAGGCAAGGACCGGGAUGCGAAGGGACACAGCCCUCGUGGGCACACCUCCCAACCAGAAUCGCCAACAUCCCUGCAUCCCCAGAGCCACUCAGGGGGAGGAGCCAGCACAGAAACGGAAGGUCAAAGCUGUCAGAACCCCAGAGAGACCCAGGGACACACCCAUAACGCCUUCCCCACCUGGUUCUCCAAAGGAGCCUCUGCCCUCUCCCGUCUGUGAGGCUGCCCGGAGCCCACUCGGGACCCCUGCGGCAGAGUCCCCUCCCCCUGCACAGCCGGACUGGGGAGCACUCUGGGAUCCGGGCAGCGGGGCCCCGUCUCUCUCGCACCCCACCCCUUCGGCUGCCCCCAGAACCUGGCAGAGCGCUGAACCGGACGUCACGCCCGGCCGGCCCCCCGCUCACAUCGGGACGAGGGACAGUGGGCCCUCUGAUGCGGAGGGCAGCUUCCCGGAGGGCGAGCCCAGCACCUCGGCUGCCUUCACCGACACCAGGAAGCACCCGAAGGACGCGGACCCCGCCUCCCCUGGGCCACCCCAAAGGCUCCCUGACCCUGGGCCUGGCUGCAGCAGUGACUGGUGCCGCUCCUCCCCUUCACUCGGCGCGGGGGACACGGGGCGCCUCACUCUCCUGGAAGAAGCCGAGUGCCGUGGCGCCGGGGACCCAAGCAGCGGCCCUGAGGGGCUGAGGACGGGCGCUACCGAUGAGAGGCCCUCUCCGUCUCCCCUCGGGGAUCCCCUGCCGUCCCCUCCUCGCUCCGGGCCCGGCUCCCCCCUGACGCCAUCCUGCGCCCUGCACUGCUCUGACCACAGAGGGCUGCGCGGGGCAGCCACUCCCACCUGGCGCUCAGGCGUGCCCGCCAAGGUGCAGACCUACGAGGUGGAACUGGAGAUGCAGGCUUCCGGGGUGCCCAAGGUCCGAAUCAAGAAGAGAGACGCCAGCCCUCGGUCUGAAGCCGAGCCGCCGAGGCGGGCGCAGAGCGUGCCGCCCGGUCUCGGCACGCCCAGGGGCAGCAAGCCCUCCUGCAAACUGGAGACCACCUACACGUCAACCCCCUGCCUCCGCCCCUCGCACAGCAGCCCCGGCAGGAGUGGGGGGCAAACCUACAUCUGCCAGUCCUGCGCCCCCAGCACCCCCAGCCCGUUCCAGACGGACGCCGGGGUCCCGUGGACACCAUCUCCCAAGCACAGCGGGAAGACGACCCCCGACGGGAUCAAGGACUGGCCCCGCAGGAAGCGGGCGACGCUCUGCGGCCCGGGCACCGCCGCGGGGAGGGGCGACGCUGGCACAGACCUUCCUGCGGGCGGGCCGCUGCUCCCGCCGGAGGACAAGGAGCCUGGCCUCCGGCUCGGCACCGGCAGGUCUCCCCUCCUGGGGGACUUUGAGCUCGAGGGGGUGUAUCAGCUGCCAGACCGAUCACCUUCCGGGGACAGCGAGUCUAAGGCCGAGGAACCCUUCUCCUGGGGACAGUUCGGGUUGGGUCCCAGGAAGAGACUGCUUUCUGCCGAGGAGGAGGCCGAGUGGGAAGCCAGGAGGGUCCGUGACAGGCUGAGAGGAGACUCGGAAGUUGGUCAGAGCGAGGAGAGGUCCCCGGGGAUGGGCGUGCAGCAGCUCCCCACCGAGGGGGUCGACGAGGCGCCAGUUUCCCGUUCCCCGCCACCGCCCGGCUGCGCCCCGCGCAGCUGCCUGUCCGCCACCGGGCUCCAGGCGCUGACCCAGUCCCCUCUGCUGUUUCCAGGGAAGACGGGCCCCGCGCAGCGCAGAGACGCCGCAGACGAGGACACGGACGUGUUUCCCCUGACGACCGAGGACUCACCCUUCAGCCAAGCCUUUUCCAGGCGACGCCCCAUCAGCAGAACCUACUCGCGGAGGAAGCUGAUCAGCUAGUGAGGAGGGCCGGGCCGGGGACCGACAGCCACAGACACUGAGGAGCCGGUCGGGCACUCCUGCUCCCCACAGAAGCAUGUGCCCUGACUCGGAAUGGAACUGGCAACCCUUUGGUUCACAGGCAGGGUGCUCAAUCCACAGAGCCACACGAGCCAGGGCAAAUCAGUCUUACCAUGGUCAGUCAGGGAUGGAAUUCUGGAUACUACCUUCGACCUGUUUCAGCAAACAACACCUGAGCAGCUGUACUGAGCAAUUGUUUGCUGAAAUAACCCUGGUUCUUGGCAAGCUAGGGGAGAACACGCCCUGAUUAAAGGGACAAGGCUUGGAAGGAAUGGGACCGCAGAACAAUAUGUGAGGGAUUGAAAGGGAGACCAUCAUUCAUGCAUUCUAGUAACUCAGAAUCUGUGAAAUCUGAGUGGAAUGAGCCCGUCAUACUGUGUGCACAUGCACAGAUGCACAGUACUGCAGUUCACCACACAGUGGAACCUUGGCUCUUAAACUGAACUUGUUCUGAAAGGCUGUUUGAGCAAAGCAAUUUAUUUAAAAAAACAAAUUAUUCAUACUUGUGCAUCCUCUCCUUUGUCACCCGAGACAUACGACUGAUCACACACAUUUUUUUUUUCUGUGAAUGACCUCAUGGGGAAUGGGAUUGUUCAAAAUGAGAGACAGUUGCCCUGACUGGUGUGCCUCAGUGGGCUGGGCAUUGUCCUGUAGGCCAAAAGGUCAGUCGUUCAAUUCCCUGUCAGGGCGCAUGCUUAG